CAGAGCAUCGCACAUUUCACAUCUCUUCGCUUUUGUGCAGGACCCUGUUAAAUAACAGGGACAAUCCCCCCGGAGCAACCUGGAGUUAAGUGCCUUGCUCAAGGGCCCAACAGUGGCAUCUUGGUAGUGCUGGGGCUUGAACCCCCACCCUUCUGACCCACUGCAGUUCACGUAUCGUCCAAACCGUUCAACAGAUGACGCCAUCUCCACCACCCUCCAUCUGGCCCUCACCCACCUAGAUAAAAAGGACUCAUACGUUCGAAUGCUGUUCAUAGACUCUAGCUCAGCAUUCAACACAAUAAUUCCUCAGCACCUGAUUGGAAAGCUGAACCUGCUGGGCCUGGACACCUCCCCCUUGAUCAACUGGAUCCUGGACUUCCUGACUGGGAGACAGCAUCUCCACCACCACCACCACACUGAGCACCCCAGGGCUGUGUGCUCAGUCCACUGCUGUUCACUCUGAUGACUCACGACUGUGCAGCAAUGCACCGCUCGAACCACAUCAUUAAGUUCGCCGAUGACACGACCGUGGUGGGUCUCAUCAGCAAGAAUGACGAAUCAGCAUACAGAGAGGAGGUGCAGUGGCUAACGGACUGGUGUAGAGCCAGCAAUCUGUCUCUGAAUGUGGACAAAACAAAAGAGAUGGAUGUUGACUUUAGGAGAACACAAUGUAACUGCUCUCAGCUGAACAUCGAUGGCUCCUUUGCGGAGAUCGUCAAGAGCACCAAAUUCCUUGGUGUUCACCUGGUGGAGAACCUCACUUGGUCCCUCAACACCAGCUCUAUUACCAAGAAAGCCCAGCAGCGUCUCUACUUUCUUCGAAGGCUGAGAAAAGCACAUCUCCCACCCCCCAUCCUCACUACAUUCUAUAGAGGGACUAUUGAGAGCAUCCUGAGCAGCUGCAUCACUGCCUGGUUUGGGACUUGCACCGUUUUGGACCGCAAAGUCCUGCAGAAGAUAGUGAGGACAGUUGAGAAGAUCAUCGGGGUCUCUCUUCCCUCCAUCAAAGACAUUAACAAAAAACAUUAUCCGCAAAGCAACCAGCAUUGUGGACGACCCCACACACAAACUCUUUACCCUCCUGCCGUCUGGCAAGAGGUACUGAAGCAUUCGGGCCCUCACGGCCAGACUGUGUAACAGCUUCUUCCCCCAAGCCAUCAGACUCCUCAAUACUCAGAGACUGGUUUGACACACGCACACAUGUCCUGAGUUGCACUUUAAUUAUUGUCACUUUAUACCUGGCUGCUACCUCAAUAACUGCUAUGUGCAUAGAACACUAUCUCAUAGUAUGUUAUGUUUACAUAUGGCAUUUUUAGAAACUGUCAUCUUUUUGCACUACUGUGUACUGGUCGGCGCUGCACUGUCUCUCACUGUGCCUAUUGUCCUGUUAAUUUUUAGUAAUUUAUUGUACUGUCCCGUACUUUUUGCACACGUUUACACGUGUACUUUAAAUAGGUAUGUUAUUUAGUCUGUGUAGUCUCAUGUGGUUCUGUGUUGUCCUUUGUUGUUUAUGUAGCACCAUGGUCCUGGAGGAACGUUGUCUCGUUUAAUUGUGUACUGUACUGACUGUAUAUGGUUGAAUUACCACUUGAUAAAUAAAAACCACUUGACUAUUUCUGAGACCCAUCAAAGAUCAAGUUUAUAAACCGGUUUUAAGCCAGUAAUUCAUGCUAAUUAGUAGCCUACUUGUUUUACAAAGCUGUUACUUAUAAUUGAAAAUAUCUUGUAAUAAAUACCAUUUGACCACCUGUUCUAAAGUGAAAAAUGUACCUACUCAAAUUAUUGCUUUGUUUUGCAUUUAUUAGGUAGUAUUCAAGUAUGUUACUAAGUUGUUACUAAUGAAU